UUUCUAGAUGCUUCUCUGGGAUCUUUCUCCCUGAAGAUCCACCAAGAUGAACAGCAAGGACCUACCCACACUCCAGGAACUGGCUGGGAGGAGCCUUUUGAGAAAUGAGGACUUGGCUAUCUCUGCUUUGGAGAAAUUACCCAUAGUAUUUUUCCCUCAACUACUGAAGCAAGCUUAUGAAGACAGUCGUGUUAAUGUCCUGAGGAAAAUAGUGUCUUCCUGGCCCUUCCCUCGACUCCCUCUGGGAGCUCUGAAGAGGAGAAAUGCCUGGGACUCCCAAGAAUACUAUGUCCUAGAGGAGGUUGAUAAGCUGCUUAUCCAGAAGGUUCGCCCCAAGGAGUACAAACUAGAAGUGUUGGAUUUACGGUCUGUGGGUCAGAGCUAUUUGGAUGUGUGGUCUGGGCCCAUAGAUAGCUGGUUACCACAGACCUCAAGUGCGACUGAGGGACGGACGCAGCCCUUGAAGGUGGCAGUGAACUUGUAUCUCAGGGAUGAGCAACUUAACAAGCUGCUCUACCUCUCUCAGUGGGCUGAGAAGAGGAAAGGCUUGUUGCAGCUGUACUGCUAUGAACUUCAGAUUUGGUUACCAUCCCUCUCCAUCUGCAAGUAUCUCUUGGAAUGUGUGAACCUGCAGUAUAUAGAAAUACUGGGCCUGCAUUCCCUCCGCGAUCCAGCCUUCUUUCUUAACUUGGCUUCUUACCUGGGCCACAUGACAAAGCUGUGCGAGCUAUCUCUCUCCAACAUCCAUGAAGGGAACAUCGCCUCUUUAGAAGAGAGAAGGCAUAUCAUCUCCGGGUUUGCCUCACAGCUCCUCAACCUGGAGUGCCUCCAGAAGUUCCAUCUGGACACUGCCGCCUUCUUUGAGGGUCACCUGCACCAGCUGCUUAGGUCCCUGAAGACCCCCUUGAAUGACCUGGCAGUGACUCACUGUACAGUCUCAGCAUCAGAGUGGAACCGUCUUUCUAAGUUGCCAUGUGUCAGUCAGUUGCAGCAACUGAGUCUGGAAAAUGUCAGAUUGACCAGUCUAAGUCCAGAACCCCUCCGAGUUCUGUUAGUAAAAGCUGCACCCACCCUGGUGGCCCUGAACUUAGAGGACUGUCGCAUUAAGGAUCGACAUCUCUAUGCCAUCUUACCUGCCCUGAGCCGCUGCCUCCAGCUUACCACCUUCAGUUUCUAUGGGAACCAAAUCUCCAUGCAUGCUCUGAAGAAACUGCUACGCCUCACUGCCAGCUUGGAACGCCUAAGGAUGGAGCUGUAUCCUGUUCCCCAGGAUUGCUAUGAAGACAAUGGCUCUCUCAAUAGGCAAAGCACACGUGACCAUUGCAAUGAGCUUAUGGACAUAUUGAAAGCCAUUAGGGAGCCAGGGAGGGUCUAUUUUGGUACUGACCGCUGCUAUAGAUGCAACAAUCGAUACAUCUACAACAAAACCAUGAUGUGUAAGUGUCAGAGGCGUUGACUAGUGUGCAAUUACCAAAAGCUUGCUUGUGGAUGC